CACUACUUCGAUCGCACGAUGCAUGCUGUAUUAAACUAUCAGCAAUAUCAUGCCCUAGCGAUGUUUGUAUAAUCUCUGAACCUUCGAUGAGAUACGUUAAAUCGGAAAUGUGUAACCACGACUCAUGCUAUUAUGCUUGCAACGGGCAAGUACGGCAAUCAGUCUUCGGCGGCUUUUGACUGCCCCCCUCCCCAACCAACUAAAGCCAAAACUAAAUCACAAAAUUUCUAUUUACAGUUGUAUGCAUUUGCUUCUUGGGAGUCUCACACCAUUCUGCUGGUACAGCCCGGGCCCAGACCAGAGACUCGGACAUACUCGGACUAUGACUCUGUGACUGAGUGUAUGGAAGCUGGAGUGUGUAAGAUCUUUGAGGAGCACCUGAAGAGGAGCCACCCCAACAGUCCCUCCAUCACAUACGACAUCAGUCAGCUGUUUGACUUCAUCGACCAGCUGCCAGACCUGUCCUGUCUAGUAUACCAGAAGUCCACAAACACUUACGCUCCCUGCAACAAAGAGUGGAUCAAGGAGAAGAUCUACAUCAUGCUACGGAAGCAGGCUGGCAAGAGCGCAUGAUGCUGUGAACUGGAGCUGGGAGUAAGGGGAAAGAUAGAUGUACAAGUAGAACAGGAGGGGGUAUAUUCAGAGUUGGUGGUCUGGUGGUCCUAUUUGACACAUCAAUUAUGGUAGUCACAUCCUAGCAUGGAAUCCAAAGCAGUUAUAGCUGCCAAGCUCUUUUGUCCUCUCUGCAGCUAGUAUUUUCUAGUUGCAAAGAGGACGAAAAGAGACUUGACAGCUAUUGUUGGUUUGGAUACCAGGCUAAUCACUUCCUACAUCGCAAAGACGGAACAAGUUCUUACUCAGGUACAAACAAAAGAAUCGCCUGUGUUGCAAACAUCAGUUUGUUACAAAGGCUUGUGUAACUAUAUAGAAAAUACACAAUUCUGCAAGAAACCCUCUCAAGCCAAUGAUUUCGAAUCAGACAGUUGUUGUGAAUAUUCAUUUGUCACUGCUGCCAGCUGAAACAUGAAGCAGUGAGAUUCAUCCAUGUUAGGUUUAUUUCCUUCCUCUGUGCAUUGUUCAGAAGACAGUGGAAAUUGUGAUCAAAUUGUGCUUCUUGGUAAUGAUUAGAGUGCUGUGUCAGAAACACAUGGAUGCAGUAGGGAAUGGUAGGGUGUGAAUUGCUGUAACGUGUACAUGCAUAGUAUUCAAAGGGAGACUUAUCUAUGUUAGUAGAAUCCAUAGUUACAAAGUUUGAGCUUUGUUUUAACACAAGGGAAACACUAUCCAUGACUUUUCAGUCAAUCUCGCAGACCUGGCGCCUUCAUCUGAUGUCUGAUUCACUGUGCUGACGGUUGGAAGUCAGAAGUUUGAUGACGUCAGGAAUGAAUCAAAUAAAGGCAGGAGGACGGAGUCUACUGCUAUCGUGGUUCACUGAGGGUUGAUGUGCUUUGAUGUAGAUUAUUUCUUUGACGCCCCUCACAAACCAGUCUUGCUCUGAGACUAGAACUGUGAACUACGAACUGUGAACAGUACAGUAAACCAGACAUUGGUGAAGGUCUGCGAGAUCGAAAAUUCAUAGUGAGUGCUUCCCUUGUGUUGGAAAAAAGCUCAAACUUUGUAACUAUGCAUAGUAAUCGUUUACAAAGUUACAUAAGCUCCAUCUCUAUGACUUAUCAUGGAAGAUUGGCACAAAAUUGCACAACUUUCUUCACAACUGGAAAGAAGAUUACUGAAUAGGGAAAAUACCGCAUAGGAGCUAGCCUGGGUGCUAUGCUACUUAGCAGUGCCUUUGAACUACAGUGGUGGUGUUAGGAAGGGUUGAUGUUGAGGGAACCAGAAGUACAUCUCAAUAAGAUAUGUGUUUUAACUACAUUUAUGUAUUUGUAGACUUUUGUAGGACUGGGUUUUAUAUGGUUGAUUUUUUUCUCAUAGAAGUAUUUUUGCUUGUGUUCUUUGUGAUAAGGGUAAAAGUAACUUAUAAGACUACCCACACACAACAAAUAAAAAUGUCAUUUUGUGAAUGGUAGAGCCAAGGUGGUUAAUGUCAUUGGUAGAACACUGCUUCUUUUUUCCCCAACCAAAUGUGUUCACACUUAGAGCUACAUUUUGUAAAGGAUACAAGCUUUUUGGGAACUUUGUCACAGGUAUAGAACAUAACUUGUUUUGUUGUCUAAAUGAACUUUAAGAAGGAUAUGUAGCUCUGAAAUCAUGAUGUAUGAACUGCUCAUCCACCUGUGCACACAGCUUCUUUUCUACAUCUUUGUAUCUGAUGAAACUGCGUAGUUGAAUAGAUGUGAUAAAACUGUA